AUGAUUGCUAACAAUAAGACAAUACCAAUUUACGGUCUAAGCGAUCCCUACAAUGCCAAAAAAGAUGUGUAGUUUUAAACACAAUGACAUUUCAUAUGUUAAUAAUUUAUGAUGCUUUGUAACUUAUUUUUUUAUUAAGCAAUGACAUUAAAACGUUGUAUCUGAACUUUAUAGAAACCGCUGUUGUUGCAUGGUUCCCAAGGGAAGAAAACAUAAUUUUCACCAUGUAACUUUUAAUACUGACUUUUAAUGCAUUUCUUACCCACAAUUAACAUUAAUCGCUUAUGCCUUCCCAUAAAUUGUAGCAAUAUUAUUGCCUUGUUUCUAUUACCGUUGUUUUCGACAUUUAUUGUCCGUUUAUAUUUUUGUUUGAAUGCAGAAAUUAGAGUAAAUCCUGAGUACAAAAGUAUGAAUAUGAGAAUUCAUUGCAGGUAAAGAAGAAAAACAUUGGAAAUGAUACAUAAAUAUAUUUAUAUAUGACAGGACGUUACUGUUUUUACUCUACAGCAUGGAGGGCAGUGCUAAUUAAGUCAUUUAGUAGCGAUGAUAUAGGCUCCGUCUAUGCAUUAUUUAAUAUUAAUUAUGCAUCACGAACGCUUUUUGCCACAUUGUCAUUUCCCAUAAGGGGAACUCGGGAGCAACUAUUUUGUGACACGAACAGUGGAUAUCUGUUAAAGCUUUAAUUAGCGUUUCGCAACUAAGCUGAUAAGUUUCUCUUUUCGUCGGUAAACAUUGAUUUGGAAAACCAAAGUAACUACGGUGAUGAUGACAACAACAACAAAUCCAUCAUCAUUAUCAUCAUCGCUAUCAGCGUCAUCAUUACUACCACUAUUAACACCGAGAGUAUCUGGUCCACGCAGAUUCUCCAUCUUCCAAAUCCUCUCCGGAAUUUUAAACUUCGAACCGCAUAUGCUACUUAGCCUUACAUUGCUUUUUUUUCCCCGACCGGGAACAAGAGGUAAAUAUGCCGGUUGCAGACUAACCUUAACUGGUCGCUUGUUUCGAACCAUAUGAUUAUUUGAAGAUUACACAAUAGUUUUGGAGGAAAUAGCAUGGGAAUAUUGAACUCAUAACUUUUCAUUCGGAAGGAUCUGUCUUUAAUGUUCCCAACGAGAGCAAGGUUACGAUAUUUGUGUUAAAAUAAAUUAACGGUUUAAGUGCGACGGGCCUGGACAGAGAAAAGGUAGGUGCAGAGUGGUUCAACUAAACUGUCUUAAUAUUAUAAUAUGUAAUUACACAAAUAAAGUAAAAUAUUGCGAGAUGUAUCCUGCAAUAAGUCCACUUUCAGAAAAAGAAUGCGAAAACAACUUUAUUCCAAAUUAUGCCAUACAUUUCAGUUGGGGAAGCAUUGUCUUGAUAUUGCUCUCUAGCGAUGUGCAUUACAAGUCAAACAGAUAUCUCAUUGUCUAAACGUCCGAUAGAUCCGCCACGAUAUGUCAACGAAGAGCAUACUAAAGAACGAGCUGUCCCGAUGUGAAAGAUCGAGGAAAAACUACGAACACCGGAGUCAGUUGUACGAAUGUAUGUGAAGAGGGAAAUAGGCAAGAAGAUGAAAGGGUGAGGGAGCAGAUGCUAAAGAGAACCAGCUAACGGGGAACGGAGAAACCGGGACCUUGAAGUGCGAUUUACAAGAAAUCCGACUUCACAUUGUCAACAAAAUAAAAACAACAUUCUGGUAUUGCAGUACAAACCGACCAAAUGUUGAAAAUAUCUUCAAUGGAACAACAAAUCUUAACUUGCUGCUUUCAUUUACCUAGACAGCUCGCCCACCGUCAACCAAAUGUGUGGUGAGGAAUGUGUGGUAUUAUCUGAAGCCGGCAAGAACUGCAAAACAAAAUAAGAGCAUAAUGAUCUAGCUAAAUGUACAGGGAAAUGCUGUAAUAUUCAUUUUAUUAAUCAGACUGUCAAUUUCACCCCAGAGGCUAAAGCCCAAUGCAUCCGGGCAUGCGAUCAGCGACUGAGGACAGGGGCUGUCCUUUAAUUCUUCUCUACCUGGAUGUAUUUGCCUGUCGCUAGGCCGCCUUCAUCAUCCACUGACAGACGCUUGUAUUUAUUUGCUUAUAAACCUGUUACAAUAAAUGAUUAUUCGAACAGCGUCAUUCGUACCUUAAUGACGAGCACUAGUUUGAUGAAUGACACAUCGAGAGAAAGGAAGCACGGGUCAUUUUGACCAGUCGUUCCCUCGUAUUGACAUAACACUUUUUCUUUGCACCAAAAAGAUAAAUUUCGAGACACUUGCGGGGCUGGGUGUGAAUUGGCCCCAGCUGCAAGCUCAUCAUUAGUGUGGUAUCAGCCUGCAACCUGCGCUCGGCUCCGGGAUGGAAAGACUAAGAAAAGAAAUAAUUCUGAUGGAACGGGGUCUGCAUAGUCCUGCUGCCAAAAGGAUUUCGAAUUUGUCAGACUCAGCUGGAAAUGCGGUGGAGGAGGCCCUUGAAAAUUCUCAUCACAGUGGUCGCCUCAGCCCCAGACCAACUUCCGCCUCCCUUCACAACAGUAUUGGGGACACCCCAACAAACGGCAAAUUUGAGAUAGACAAUUUAUUCCACCAUCAACAUUCAAGCGACAGUACGUCCUCGUCUGAAAUUUCGUCUUCGGAAAGCAGGAAAAAAUAUUCCCUCUACCCAGAACUUGGUAGUCGAGAGAAAGAAGCAGAAAUGAAUAGUGAUGUUGAUGUGGGAUGCUCGACACUCCGCUCUCCUGCCGGCGUCAGUACAACGCAACUCAAAGAAAAUACAAACAAAGUUUAUUCAGACAAUGGCAGUUCAACUAAUACUUCUUCGAAUGGGUCCAGUAUUACGAACCUGAACGGCAACUCCAAUUCAAUAGGCAAUUCGAGUUCUGGUCCUGACCAGGUGAGACGGUAUCGAACAGCUUUCACCCGAGAACAAAUCGGCAGACUAGAGAAAGAGUUUUAUAGAGAAAACUAUGUAUCCAGACCCAGGCGAUGUGAACUGGCGGCUGCUUUAAACCUACCCGAAACUACUAUCAAGGUUUGGUUUCAGAACCGACGGAUGAAAGAUAAAAGACAGCGACUUGCGAUGUCAUGGCCCCACCCAGCUGACCCCAGCUUUUAUACCUACAUGAUGACCCAUGCGGCGGCCACGGGCAGCCUGCCCUACCCUUUCCACUCGCAUGUGCCCUUGCACUACUACCCGCACGUCGGCGUCACUGCGGCUGCUGCAGCCGCCGCCGCCGCCGCCACGGGCGCCACGCCCUUCCCCACCUCCAUCCGCCCUCUCGACACCUUCCGCGCCCUCUCGCACCCCUACUCGCGGCCCGAGCUGCUCUGCAGCUUCCGGCACCCGGGCCUGUACCAGUCGCCUCACGGCCUGAACGGCAGCGCGGCUACAGCGGCGGCGGCUGCAGCUGCUGCAGCGGCCGCUGCCUCCACGCCAGCCGGAGCCGCGCCUUGCUCCUGCCUCAGUUGCCACAGCAACCAGGGCGGCGCGCUCGGGCCCAGGAGCUCCAGCUCCGACUUCACCUGCACCGCGGCUGCGCAGAGGUCGGAGAGCAGCUUCCUUCCUUACUCGGCCGCGGUGCUCAGCAAAUCAGCAGCCGUCUCACCGCCUGGCCAGCGGGAGGACUCCUCCCUAACCAGAUAACUCUCCCCGGUGGUGGCUCUCGCCAAGGCCAAUGGAGACACCAGUGGUAAAUUGCAAUGGAGCAAUUGCUCAAUUCAUUUUUCUUUAAUACAUCGCCCUGCCAUUGAGCACUGAUUUGGUGCAACCGUGGGUAAAUUUCCAUUCACAACUAUUUUAAAAGAGAUAUACUGUCCUUUCAGUAUGGACUACCUAGCCCUUUCUCAUUCUUCCCCGGGACUCGUUGAAUGUGGUUCAAAUCGCUUAGAAACUUUCCCCCAAUGAACCUUGAAAAGUUCUUGUAAUUGUUCUCUUCGUUAUAAUAGAUUGUACAGGGAAACUGUGAACUUUUUAAGUAUAAUCUUCUUCAUAAUGGAUAUGAUCUGGGCUCAUUAGCAUUUGAUAAUACUGUUGGGACUAAACUCAAGAAAUGUAAAACUGUCUUGAAACAGAUUUAAGAGUCAGUCCAACAACAUCUGGAUAUUGUCUCUUUAAAUAAUGCAUACAAAUGAAGGUCACUUUGGGAAGAACAUAAUUCCGUUUAUUCUGUACACCUUCUUUAUAAGAAGGCCCUUUUCUGUGAAAUUGGGUAUGUGCAUGCCUACUGCUUUGGCCCAGGAGUGCCACCACCGGGUAUCUGACAAGUGUUCGCUGCCAGAAAUUACUCCUCGAGGACUUUGGUAAAGUUCGAGGAAAACACAUCAGAAACCGCCAAUGUUAUUGCCAUGUCAAUUCCGAUGCUAAUAAUGUGCAGAUUAUGACGAAAAUUGCCAAUCAUGUACCUUGAUGGACCUCCUUUGAAUGUAGAAUUGGAAAAAAAGUUCCCUGCACAGAGACCUGCUGUCAAACACUAACAACCCGCUAAGGGAAGUCAUUAGAAAAGAUAGAUAAGAGACUUGAUACAUAAAACAUUGUUCAUGGUGCAUAGAAUGUACAGGAUUUAAUGUGGUAUUCGUUAUCUGAAGUGAUUUUGCAAAAACUCGACGUCCUCAUUGUCCCACUGCCAAUUUUAAUUUUGGAAACCUAUAUUGUAGACGUCCUGUGUCCACUUUCCCUUGUAACCAGUAUGGAACUGAUGUGAACAGCCUCAUUAAAUCAACCUAGAAAUUUCCAUAAUACGCCCCAUAGAGCCACUUCAGUGUUCGCUUAAUGGGAUUCUUCUGGUAAAAAAAAUGUAACUAACAGUUUUUUCACGGUGCAUCCUUCCCACGGGGUCCUUUGUCAAUCUCUUGUAAAUUAACUCAUUAAAUUAUGUAAUAUUUCAGUUUCUCCGCUUUCAGUAAUUACUGUACAAUACCCAUUCGGCGCUAGUUUGACUUUAAACUCAAAGAUGGGCUAUACGAGGUAACAUAAAUGCAUGGAAAAGGUAACUGGCGACCGUACUUGAUACCCAUGGAUGUUUACAUCAUUUCGUGAUGAACGUGAAGUCAGAACGAAAUUGUAUUUUGAAUUAAAGAAGACAAUAUCAGCAGUUUUAUUGCAGAAAUGCGAAAUAACUUCUGAAAGAAAAAUAUAUACUUUACUUUGAACGGACAUGUAGAAAAAUCCUCUAUUUAUUUAGAAAAUCACUGUUCUAUUUCGAUUUCCUUGUUAGCACAUAAUAACGAACUAACAAAACAAACAAAAUCGCAUCAGCAUUGCAGACUACCACACUUAUUCUUGUGACUGUUAGAUUAUUUGGCGAUACGCGGAAAUCUUGUACAAUUGCUUAUUGAAAUAAAACGCGCUGUACCUCCAAGAUAACCCCUUACAAAGGAAAACAAUGGACAAAAAUAUCGAUCUUUAUGAAAACAAAAUAUAUCAGACUACUGAUACGGAUGUAGGUUUUUCAAAAGUGGAACUAAAUGUUUUACUGUAGGCCGUUAGGCCUGAUGGUGUAAUGUCAAAAUGUAAGAUAGUAUUUGUGCUUGAAAAUAUUGCUGAACGUAUCCACUCAUUGUAAAAUAUUUUAACUUAUACAAACGUGCAAUAAUUAAAGCUUUGUAUAUUCUGUUAUUUAUG